AUGCGGCCGGCGCUCAUUAUGGUCUUGCGACGCCUCGACAAGACCUUCACGAAGAUCGCCAAGAAGUCGGCCAUCAAGCGCUCGACGGAUUGGGAGGCGGCCAAACGGCUGCUCAAAGGCGUGUACCUGACGUUCACGCGCCACCCCUACAUCGUGCAUCUGCCGCAUCUCAAGUCUCUCAUCUCCGUCUGUCAGAAUAUCGUGUUGGGCGACCAGACGCCGCACGCGGACACCGCGCUGCUCGGCGGGAGUUCCGUGCCGUCGUGGGCGGUCGCGCUGUCGCAGUCGUCGCCGCCGGGCUUCACGUCUGUGGCCGUGCGUCUCAUUGCGAUGCAAAUGCUUCAGUUGGGCGACAGUCAGACUCUGGAAACCGUGUGUUCGGGCGCCUUCUCGUCGCCCGAGAAGUCCGAGAUCUACCUCAUGAACCUCAUAUACCCCAUGUGUAUACGCAUCAGUUCCGGCCUCAAAGAGGUGCCCAAACUCAGGCAGUGCGACAUCAACUUCACGCUCACUGUUGUCCUCAAUUGCCUCAAACCCAUUCCUCUGAAGCCCGUCAAAGGCUCCGACUCUUCGUCGGGACAGUCGUUGUCGCAAAACACCGUCCAUUCGGUCGGCUUUCUCGAGGUGCCCAAACUCAGGCAGUGCGACAUCAACUUCACGCUCACUGUUGUCCUCAAUUGCCUCAAACCCAUUCCUCUGAAGCCCGUCAAAGGCUCCGACUCUUCGUCGGGACAGUCGUUGUCGCAAAACACCGUCCAUUCGGUCGGCUUUCUCGGACUCAAGAUAAUGAUGGUGUGUUUCGAGCGCCAACUGACCACCGAGUGGUACCGAAUCUCGCGCACGAUCCGCGAGCUGGCCAAUCGCGGCCAGGGAGGUGUGACGCUGUGGAACUUCCUCGACUUUGUGGUCACUUACAGAACACCGCUUUUUCUGCUUCUCUUUCCGGUCAUAAAAUGCAAAUAUUUGCUCAAAAUCUGCGACAAUGACGUGGAAUACGGAUAUCAACAGCAGAUCCGCGAAAAGAUGUCGGGUUUGGGACUUCCGUUCGGUCGCAGCAAAGGUUGCAAAUGGACUCUAAAUGACUGCGAAAUUAACGCGAAUCUCAUUUUAGGCCAACUUUUGGUGCAAUUGAUGUCCGAAAUGCGUCUUCUGAGAGAAGAACUCAUUUCGCGCAAGACUUUGCCGCCAGUGGACGACCGGAAGUCCAUAGUUGGCGACCAGUCGUCGUCCGAACGCCCGGAAGGCCACCGCCUGUCCUUCGCAUUCACGCAAAUGGCGGCCUCGGCCUCCAAGCUCUCCAACAUCUCGUCCUCCAACUCAAACACUCCGCAGAGUCACCAACAGUCUGGCGGAGAGCCGAGUGUCGCCUAUAAUACGCCCACCUCUUCCAAGGCGUCGCUUCUUCGGGGACUCAGUUUCCGACUGUCGGCCAGAGGCGAACAGCGAGUGUUUCCGCCGCGCAAUCUGUCCGUCAAGUUGUCGCGGGACUCGAAGCGCGUGAUGGAGGGCUUCCUGCGCCGCACCUCUUAUCCCGACCCGAAGGAGGCGGCGCCCCCGGGAGGCGUGGAGGCGGAGAGUCGUUCGGCGCAAUCGGAGCCGAAACUGUUCCGCAAAUCGACGCUUCACGUGAAGCGCGGGUCGAAGAAGAGUGCGAAAGAGAGUUCUUUGAGUCCGCAGUCUCUGAGCGGAGAGGCGUUGGCCGAAGGCGUGACCGCCGAAGACGAGCACGAGAUCCGGGCGCAGAUCGCGCGCAAACUGUCGGGCGAGGGAUCGGGCAGUUGUUCCCGAAGCGACUCUCCCGACGAAGAGCGCGCUCUGAAGCACCGCUUGCAGCGCCAGAAGGCGCAGUCGCGCAAGACUUUCCGCUUCCGGAAGUCGCGUCGCGGCGCCGGCUUCCUGCAGAAGGAGGAAGAGGAGGACAAGAGCCGAAGCAAAGCGGAGGACGACACGACUGACGGCCGAGAGGUGGCGCUCGCGGAGGAGGAGAGCUCGUCGAUCAUAGAGCGCAGUCGCGACGGCAGAGACGACGAGAGCUCUUCGAUGGAACUCUUGUCGCCGAAAGAGCCGAAGAACGCGUCUUCGGACGAGUCGGUGGACGAGUCGGCGGCGCUGUUGGCGAACGACGAGUCGAACAACACUUCGUUUCCCUUCGCGGACGAAGAGGAAGACAAUCCCUUCAUCCUUUAUUCAUUUGCUGUGUUUGUGGUGAAGAGCGACGAGUUCGCGGCGCGAGAGGUUGUCCUCUUCGGUGACGGGCGUCAACUCCAGAGCGCCGGCCAUCCACUUCUUCGCCUCGUCCACGCGCUUGUCGGCGAUCAGCGUUUUGCUGAUCCACAGCUGAUUCCCAAUCCAGUCGAGAGCACUCAACGCCUCCUUAUAGGAGGACUCGGGCGGCGCGUCGAAGAAGGUGGCGGCGAUCUUGCGCUCCAUCCACGACAGACCGGCCACUUCGUAACACCAACGGCCGUACAUGUGAUGGAGGAGCCGGUCGUUGGGGUCGACCUCUCGCGCGACGUCCGCGUGCUUCUUGAACUCGUGGCCGAAUUGGAUGCGCUCUUUGGUGCCGACGAAGGGAGCGAUGCGUCCGACGGCCGCGCAGCCACGAAAAGGCCUAUAAAUAGAGGUUUGACUCAUGAAUGCGUUUACCAUUUGUUGGCCUCGAGAGCCCGGGGCGCCGCCUCCAGCGCUCGGCGGGCGUGCGCCACCGCCUCCUGCACGACCCCCUUCACGGCGUCCUUGGGCGCCCCCUCCGCCUCCUUCAAGUCCGACAUAAUUAGCGCCGCUUUCGCCAAACGCCAACUCACGGCCAGCGAGCCGUCGGCUCUUUGCAUGAGAGCGGCGUAG